GAAUAGUCUCAUAUUGAUGCCCUCUGGUCUCAUUCCCUUCUUCCCUCUAUCUCUUCUCCUUUCUCCAUCCCUCGCUCUCUCGGAACCCCUCAUAUACUGACCUACGGGGAGAUUGGAGGGAGAUCAUGCUGUCUGUACUGGCACUGACGUCCGUGGUGCUCUUGAGCAUAGCCUCUCAGAUCACCGCUAUUGUUGUGUACACAAGCUGGGAGAGACAUGCGCUGGUGGGCUCAGAUGUCAGACUCUCCUGCUCUUUCUUUUCUUGGCAUUGGACUUCUCCAGAUGUAACCUUCUCUUGGCAGUACCGUCCAGAUGGGGCGAAAGAAGGCAUCUCAAUUUUCCACUAUGGAGGUGGAGCUGCCUAUGUGGAUAACAAAGGCCCAUUCCGAGACCGUCUGGAAUUUGUGGGGAACCCCAGUCGCCGUGACGGCUCUAUCCUGAUCAAGAACCUCGACUUCUCAGACAACGGAACCUUCACCUGUGAUGCCAAGAACCCACCUGACAUUGUCGGCCACUCCUCCAGUGUUCGACUGCUGGUGUUUGAGAAGGUUCCAGUCCAGGCUGGUGUGAUAACAGGGGCCAUUAUUGGCGUAGUGUUGGGACUGCUGAUCCUCGUUGUGGCAAUUUACUAUCUGAUGCGUUUCCUGGUCGCCAGACGAGUGUUCAGCUUGAGCAUGAGUAAACAUGGCAAGAAAGGCAAAGGAAAAGAAGGAUCACAGCAAAAACAGGCUUUGGCUGUGGCGGAUCCGGUCAAGCUGAAGGCAGCAGCAUCAGAGAAGAAGAAACAGGAGUCUCGCAGGGAGAAGAAAUAGGGAUUGUGGAGCAGAGAGCUAGAGCUCCUGAGCGGGGCCUCUUCCACCCAGACCCAAGCCCAGGAAGAGGCUGCGGGGAUGGGCAGGCAGGGCAGGGUUCUUAUGACCAUUGAGCUAGAGCUCACUAAACAGGAGAAAGAGGGAGGGCAAACUAAAAUGAGUCCCGCCGUGUUCUUUUCUCAACUCACGCGCAAAAUCGCUCUCAAGUGAAAGAGACUGGUAUGAAAAGAGGGGGUGGUGGAGAUUUUUGGAGGCGAGGAGUGAAUGAUGAAUCUUUAAAAACAGGAGGACAGGAGAGGGUUGAAGAUUUUCUCACUUUACUUCCAACUAAAUAAAAUGUUUGGUUCAAAAAGUAAACAAAUAAAUACUGUGUCCAAUCUAGGUGCGGCAUGAUAAAGCUACAAAAUACAAGCAACAAAUGCAAUCUCAAUUAAUUUUGUUGCAGCUGUGAUUAUAAUAUAUAUAAUAAUUAGAUAUAAAUUGUGUCGCUUUGGUUUUGUCUUUAUGUUCAGGUUUCUAUUAAAAAA